CUGUCCCGCUGAGCUACUCCAGGGUUGUGUGUCCAUCCACGGUGUAAACCAGCAUCUGCAGCCCCUUCCUUCCUUCCUACCCAUUCUGAUGCAGCCGUUGUCGAGAAAGGUGCAGCCAGCUUCCAUUGCCACCGUCUUCGUGUUACCAUUCGAGUCCCACCAUCCACAUCGUUGGUAGUGCUGGUCGUGGUUGGUGGUGGUGGUGGUCGUGGGUGGUCUUCCUUGCUCAUCAUCCCAAUUUGGCCUCUUUCACAAUUGUUGCCCUGGAAGCCCAACCAGAGGAGAAAACCCCUAAUCCGGGAGAGGAGAAGAUGAAACAUGUUUGAGGAUCAGAGGCUGAAGCAGCCUCCUUUGCUGUCAUGAGGAAACAUGGACAAUCCAAACGGGCUUUGGAUAGAAAUCAAAGUGAUGGCAUUGCUCAUCGGCCCACUUUUCUUCAUGUAUAAACCUCCUUCCCUAGAAUAGACUGAAUGAACCUUUCCUGCAGUGCAUGUCAUGUUUGCUGAAGGAUGGCAGCUGAAUCCCUCGGAAGCCACAGCUGCCACCUUUUACAGCAGCUUCAUGAACAGCGAAUCCAGGGCUUUCUCUGUGACUGCAUGCUGGUGGUGAAGGGUGUCUGCUUUAAGGCCCAUAAGAAUGUGCUAGCAGCAUUUAGCCAGUACUUCCGGUAGGGCCCUAUUUCAGAAUUCUUCAGGCCAGAGUCGUGACGUCUUCCAUUUGGACAUUAAAAAUGUUGGCGGCAUUGGGCAGAUUCUAGAUUUUAUGUAUACUUCACAACUUGAUCUUACCCAUGAAAAUGUCCAGGCAGUACUAGACAUUGCUCAGAGUCUGCAGGUUCCAAAUGUGCUCAGUAUGUGUUACACUUUUCUCAAGGCUUCAGCCGGUGUUGUCAAUGGGACCAGCAACAUGUCAACGGCUGGGACCAUUUCACUACACGGGCCUCUGACAACCGACACCGAGAGUAUGCUGGAGGGCAGCGAUGCUACUGAGAUAGGCCGUGACUGCUCAUUUGGAAUACAGAAUCAUAUUCAUAAAGCACAGGAAUUGGGGCUUUUGUUCAGACCCCUCCCAGAUAUUUCCCAAACUGAGAUGUCGGCCACGUUACAGAACCAAACGCCUGGACCUCCAGAUAGAAAUGUUUCAGUUUAUCCAAUGAAGCAAAAUGCUCAACAGCCCACCAAGUUGUACAAUUGUUAUGGUAAAGAGAUGUUUAAUCAAAAGCUGUCGCAUUUUUUAAAUAAUAAUCAAGGGGAACAUGGAAGAGAAGAACUUGAUGAUGGUUUAGGAGCAACAGUAACUGCCAAGGAUGUGUCUUCUCUUGAUGAUUCUGAAUGCACUAAUGUUGGUCAGGAACCCUCUUCAUCAGCCAUGUCCAUGCACACAGAAGAAAGGUGGCCCUUUGCUCAGAGUGCCGUGAACGUUGAACCUCAACCUAUUAGGCAGUUGCCUCUUUUGAAAAAGACAAUCCCUCUGAAGAAGUAUGGGUACUUGAGAUCCCAGAAGCCGCUUGAAUCGGGGCCUGCGCAGCCUAAAUUGAAUGAAGCAAUUGAAAUGGUGCAAAUGAAUGAAGCGGGUGCGAAACAGCCGCCUAAAGAGACUCAGAAUCGAGGCAGCGAAGCCGGGGAAAAGGACCAAGAACAUCUGAGCCAAGCAGACUCGCCUUUGACUGGGGUCGACCUGGUGCAGGCGGGCUGUGUAACAGCGGCAGACUCGGUAGAAGUUCUUGACCACUCAAAUACUCAGUCGCAAAUUUGUCAGUCGCAAAAGCAAUAUUGUUGUGAACUAUGUGGGAAAACCUUUAAGCACCCAAGCAAUCUCGAAUUACACAAACGUUCACAUACAGGAGAAAAGCCAUUUGAAUGCAACAUCUGUGGGAAGCACUUUUCACAGGCAGGAAAUCUGCAAACUCAUUUACGACGACAUUCUGGUGAAAAGCCAUACAUUUGUGAAAUCUGUGGUAAAAGGUUUGCUGCCUCAGGUGAUGUGCAACGCCAUAUUGUUAUUCACACAGGCCAGAAGCCCCACUUAUGUGACGUUUGUGGUCGAGGUUUCAGUAACUUCAGCAAUUUAAAGGAACACAAGAAGACGCACAGUGCUGAUAAAUUAUUCACUUGCGAUCAGUGUGGAAAAUCAUUUAACAUGCAGAGGAAGCUUGUCAAGCAUAGAAUCCGCCACACAGGAGAGCGACCGUACAAUUGCUUAACAUGCGGGAAACGGUUUGCCGGUUCUGGCGACUUGCGUCGCCAUGUCCGAACACAUACUGGCGAGAGGCCAUACAACUGUGAGACGUGUGGUAAAUGCUUCACCCGCUCUGCCGUUCUACACCGACACAAACGAAUGCACUGCAGAUACAAUGGAGACCAUGAAGUAAGAAACGAGGAAACUGAUAGCCCCGAUGAAAGUUAUCAACAGGCUGCAGAGCAAAGAUCUCCAAACUCCGAGCCGCUCAGCCAGGUUAUGCAAGUUGACUUGUUGCCUGUAUCUCCUUUAGAUAAGCUUCGAGAUGACCAAGAAGAGCCUUCUAUUGGAGCGCCAGACCAGUCAGCACCCGCGCAUGAAAGUUCUCAUUCUGAAUACAAUUCGCUUGUGCAGCAAGUGGAUGACCAUCAGAAUAAGAUGGUCUUAGGCUCUGCCAAAACACACAAGCCUCCAGUUCCCCAACAGCCCAAUGCAGACGCUGUUGACAGUAAUCCACGGACUGAAGACUCUUCCCAAAACUCCUCGACUGUGCGAUCAUCACUUACUAGCUUGGACAUUCAUAUCAAUGUGCCCUUCGGAAAUCACACACCCAGCGUUUCAUAUCGAGCUAAUGAAGGACCUUUCCUCUCUAGCCUGACGCUGUGGGGUUUAGCUAUGAAGACUUUACAAAAUGAUAAUGAUUUGGAUCAAUGACAGUCAUAUGCUUUAGUCCUGCAAACUAAGCGGCAAUUUAAAAGCACUUUGAUUUUAUUUUUGCUGUGAUUGAUGGCUCAAGAAGAAAUGUAUUUUUAUAAAUUUUAAUAAAUGUAAUCGUAGAUAUUUAAUGAAAUCUGAUCAGUGGGACUGAAUGCUAAUUGAUGGUUACAUUAUGUCGAGAUGGGUGAUUUUGUCCUCGAAUCAAAAGUGUCCCAAUGUAGGCAAUAAAUUAAUUGAUGAAAGUAUCUCGGCACUUUGCAGCUGGAAAUUCAGAGCAGUUUAAAAAAAAUCAUUGACUGGUCUUCCCUUCUGAAUCAAAAACACCAGCUCCCUUCAAAACCUCGACACUUAUCCUUUGUGUCAUCUGUUCAGUCUGAAAUAAAUAAUGAACAAAAUAUUUGGUGGAGAAA